UUAAAUCUAAUUAUUGAUAUCCCAAUAAAAAUUUCUGGUAGAUCUAAAAUUUAAAUUAUAAGAUUAGAGAUUAAAUGUAACAUGAUUUUCUAAGAAUAUGUUCAUUAUGUUCAUUUUUAGAAAAAUGUCACAUGAAUCAAGAUCGUGAUUUAUGUUUUAAUAUAUAAGAUAUAUUUCAAAAGUUGAUGAAGGAGAAAUUAAAAUUGUCGCGUCUAUAUAUAAAUCUGAACCACACUUGUGGUUUUUCCCUCCUUUAGCGCCUUUGUGUGGAUGAACAAAAGGCAGCCAGGUUCAAUGAACCUCGACUUAUAUGUACACGAAGCUGUGAAACUGCAGACAAACUGGGCUGAGAAAGAGAGAAGUAGCUAUGGCUUCUUUGGCAACUCAUCACUUCAUCAUCGUUAUCAUGGAUCAGGCUCAAAGAACGGCGUAGAACCGAGUCCAAACAUUAUCUCAUCAAAAUAUACUCAAGCGAGAGGAUUGAUCAAUAUGAAUAUGAUCUAUAAGAUGUUCGUGUCUGAUAGAAUAAUAUGAGUCGUGACUUCGUGUCCACGGCUUGAAACAAGAAAAAGAGUUCCCCUUUCAGAAACUUCAAUCUCUUUAUUAAGAGAGCACAAUAAACAAAAUUUAUAUGUAUUGUCUUCUUGCAUUCUCAUUUUGAUUUUCUGUUUUUUCUUGGACAAUGGAUUAGUUGUUCACCUGUUUGUAACCUUUUCCUUAAAACUGAAUUUUGUCGAGGCAUAUAUAUAUCUUUUAAUACAUGUCAA